CCGAGAUUGCUAUGCGUUUCCAGGAAAUGCUCCCCCCUGGCUGUUCCCUCCCAGUUCUGUCCUAGUGCCCAGUAAAGGCAUCUCCUGCCCAUAUUCUCCCAAUAAAUCUGCAGGGGCUAUGAAACCCCCAACUGCUCCAGUAUGUUUCAAAGUUAAGCCCCUAUUGAUGAUAAUAUGGGAUUGUCCCUGCCCCUAAUGUCAGACUAGCAGCAAAAGUGCUCGCUUGCGGCACAGUUCUAGCCAUGUCUACUCAGAAGUAAGUCCUACUGAAUUCCCAGGUAAGUGAGGGGAGAGCUGCAAUCUUCCUUGCUUACGUUUGGGUAAGCGUCAUUGAACUCAAUGAGUCUUGCUUCUGAAUAAAGCAUCGCGCGGUGAAAGGCAAUAAUUGUAAUAACUUUUAAAUGAAAAAUAAAGAUGGCCAAAGCUGAGAGGCAGUGACUGGCCCAAGGUCACCCACUGAGCUUCAGGGCUAAGCAGGAUUUUGAACUCUAGACUCCCAGGCACUAGUCCAAGGUUCUUGCCACUGUACUGUAUCUGUAUCUGUACCAUCCUGGGACUAAAGGUUGACACACUGGCUAUGCGCUUAUUUUGCAUUGCACUACUGCAGUUUUGUAUUCUAUUUUGUGUUAUUGCAACCAGCCAUAUAUCAAAGGGCGGGCUUCAAGCCUUCCGAAGAAAUAAACAGAUAAACUGUGAAAUAUGCGAGCUGUGCCAUUGAUCUGUGUGCUGCGCUACUGAAUAUCCGCUAUGCAGAAUUGAGUUGUGAAUUAUGAUGGCCAUUAUUUAUUUAUUUACGGCUAUAUAUCACUAAAUAAAUAAUCUGGAGAUUAGCUCCAUUGAGAGUGAUAUUUGCAUAGGUAUAUUUGAAUUGCAUUGAAUUGCCAUUUAGCCCUACCUAAAAAGAAUACUUCCAUUCUUUCUCUCCUUUUUUUGCAGGUACUUCUGCGAUUUGCAUAAGCAUUUUUGAGAAUUUACCUUAUCAAAUGAGCGUGGAAAGAGGAGGGAGGGGGGAAGGAAAGAGGGUGGGAGGAGCCGAAGGUAGCAGGAGGAGGUGCGUUCUUAUCUCUCCCUCCCACCGUGACGUUGGCGACCUUGAUUGGGCACGGAAGCUGGCAGUUCUUCAUCGCCCCGGCGACUGUGGCUGGAUCUCUGCUGGCUGUAAACAGGAGGAAGAAAGAAAAGAGUGACCCUAAUUCUGGUAAUUGAGGGCGCGGGUUAGAGAGGGGUGAAUGGGUUGGGUAGAAGAAGAGGAGGAGGAAGAGGGAGAUGGUGAUCCGAGAUUUUGAAGGGAAGAGGAGUUGAAAAUCCAAGAUCAGGAGAAGGGAGGGAGACGUAACCUGGAUAGGAGGAAGCGACCCUAAAAUUUGGAAGUGAGGGGGGGAAUGAAGGAGAGAAAAACCAUCAGUGGGGCUCCCCAAUUCAGGGGACUGAGGAAGCAAGAGAGUGCAAAAAUGGUACUAACAGGAGUUGGGAGAGGGAGAAGGAAUCAUGACUAUUAAGGAGAAGGGGCUUUGAAACAAAUCAUGGGUUUGCAUUCCUCUGCCCUCCCCUCCCCUUCUUCCUUGUGUGUCACAGGCUUUUUUUUUUACUGUAAGCCUGAGGGCAGGGAGGGACUGUCUUAUUACUGUUGGGUUUUUUUAAAACCAAGCUGCUUCGGGAGUCUUUCUGACUGAAGGGUUAGUUGAAAAUGCUUUCAAUUAAAAAAAAUAUCUAAAACCCACAUUGCCGCAAUACCUUUACUGGCCAACCGCAAAAAUGUUGCGCAAGCAUGUGCGCGCUUCUCAGUUCUCCAAAACUCUUCUUCAGGGUUGAAUCGGUGAGUAAGAAAUAAAACUCAAAAGCUUGCAUGCUGUUUUGUAACAUUUUUGGUUGACUGAAUAAAGGCGCUGCUCUAAGGUGGAUUUUGAUUUUUCUUCUUCUUCCGGGCUAUCUUUUUAAAAAAAUAAAUAGAAUGAAGGGCAGGUCGCCAAAGGUGGGGGCUGUUAGAGGAGUGGAGAAUAGAUCCCAAAGCAUUACCAUCUUAAAUACUCAGAAUGAGGUUUGUAAAAUGACAUGUGGGGUGGAAAAAGCAGAUAGAGAGAAACUUUUCCUCCCUCUUAUCUCGCAAAUGUAGUGAUGGCCACCAGCUUGAAGAUGGAUAGCUUUUCUCUCUGUAUCAUAAUUCUAGAACUCUGGGCUAGCCAAUGAAACUGAAGGUUGGGAGAUUAAGGACAGACAAAAACAAAUACUUCAAACAGUGGGACAUAGCUAAAUUGUUGGAUUUGCUCCCACAGGAGUUAGUGAUGGCCACUGACUUGGACCGCUAACUUAUCCUCAGUUGGUAGAGCAUGAGACCAGGGUUGUGGGUUCAAGCCCCAUGUUGAGCAAAAGAGUCUUGCAUUGCAGGGGGUUGGACUAGAUGACCCUCGUGGUCUCUUCCAACACUAUGAUUCUCUGCAAGAAAUAUGCAUAUGGUUCUGUGUAAGGAUGGCUGUAAAAGAGAAUUAGACAAAUUUGUGCAGGGUAAGUGGCUACUAGCCUCAAUGGCUGUGUUCUCCCUCAGCUGUCCGAGGCAGUGUGCUGGGAAUUGCCUGUUGUGCUGUGGGCUUCCUUCGGACCUCUGGUUGGCCACUGUGAGAACUGAAAGCUAGACUAGAUGGACCACUGGCUUGAUCCAGCAGGCAGGCUCCACUUACACAGAAUGCUAGAUCCUGCGGUUUUGAAAAUGUGAUUGGUGGUAGACGUAGAUCAGAAGCAGGAAAAAUUUCACAGGAAGCUUAACGGACUUGCGGAACUCGCUGUCACAAGAUGCAAUGACCAUGGCUGCUGGCCAAGUUAGCUUUAAAGGGGGAUUUGACCAAUGAAUGGGGGAUAAAAGAGAGCUGCUCUGUUGGUUGUAUGGAUCCUCCAUUUGGAAUACAGGUUGGUGUGUGUAUUUCUGGGAGGGGACUGUUUUCAUGCCUCGUUUGUGGGGGUUCCAGAGGCAUCUGGAAAAGAGGAUGCUGGACUAGGCGGGCAUUGGUUGGAUGCAGUCAUUAUCUCUGUAAACUAGGGAUGGGGAACUUGUGGCACUGCAGAUGUUGCUGGACUACAGCUCCCACCAUCCCUGAUCACUUGCCUGGCUGGCUGGGCUGAAGGAGUCCUGCAACAUCUGGAGGACCACAGAUUCCCCAUCCUUGCAGUAAACGAAUGGGGACCAGGAUUUCAGAAGGACCGCCUCCACUCAUGUAUAACUGUCAAGGUCUUAAUAUUUAGUUUCUGAGUCUCUGGUGACUGGUUCAUGAAUGAGGCUGGCUGGUAGCAGGGAAGGUCUUUUCUGUGGUGACCUGCACCUCUGGAAUACACACUCCCCCCCCAAAAAAAGUACAGCCGCACCCUUUAUUAGCCUUUAGGGACGCCUUCAGACUUUUUUAUUCCAGUUGGGUGGUUUUGCAGUGCUUUCUUUGAACAACUUCUUCAGCUGCUGUUGUUCUUUAAGUCCCUGUUAUCUGCCCCCACUGUCCUGCUUGUGGACUUCCGUCUGAGGCACUGAGAGAACAGGAGGCUGGACUAGGUGGGCCACUGGCCUGAUCCGGCAUGCUCUUCUUAAUAUAAAUAAUAAUAUAUAUUAUUACCAUUUUUGAAACAUUACACAAACCACACCCUGAACGUGGAGCCGGCAUAACCAAUCUGAAAAGCGUGGCAAAUUCCCCUCCUAGUCCUCAUGAUCUUGAAAGGAAACGUAUGAGCAGAAACCUAGACGCUAUUUCCGUGUGUGUUUGUGGCUGAGUAAGAUUUCCGGUCAUCAUCGGAAGAAACCGCCUGGUUUCAUAGCUCCAUGCUCUUCCCCAGGAACAAUGGGGAAUAUACAGAAGGGUGGGCUGGGGAGGAUGUGAAAGGGAAGAAGGGGUUGGGGAAAUGUUGGGAAGAAUGACUCAGUAUGUAGUGAAGUCCCGAUUACAGGCUUCCCAGAGGCAAGCCGCCCAAAAUGGCUGGGGCAACCCAGUCAGAUGGGCGGCAUAUAAAUAAUAAAAGUGUUGUUGUUUUGGUUGAUCUCUGAGAGAACAGGAUGCUGGACUAGAUGGGUCUCUGGCCUGAUACACCAGAAUUUGCUUAUUUUACUUAAGUUGCUGCUACUUUUAACUGAUCAUGCCCUGCUGUUGUUGUUACCGUAUUUUUUGCUCUAUAAGACUCACUUUUCUCCUCCUAAAAAGUAAGGGGAAAUGUGUGUGCGUCUUAUGGAGCGAAUGCAGGCUGCGCAGCUAUCCCAGAAGCCAGAACAGCAAGAGGGGUUGCUGCUUUCGCUGCGCAGCGAUCCCUCUUGCUGUUCUGGCUUCUGAGAUUCAGAAUAUUUUUUUUCUUGUUUUCCUCUUCCAAAAACUAGGUGCGUCUUAUGAUCUGGUGUGUCUUAUAGAGCGAAAAAUACGGUAUGUUGUUUUAAUAAGCUGCUGUUGUAGCAUAUCAACUUAUUUAUAAACUGCAUUGGGAGGAUAAUUUGCCCAUGAAGGCAGUUUUUUAAAAUCCAUUUAAAAAUCUAUCAUUAAACUCUUAACAACAGCCCCUCAAGCUAGGUCUGUCUUCCCUGCUGCAGAAUGAGGGUGGCGGUGGGUGGCUGAACCUAAGAUAACCACUUGCUUUUCAGUGAGUUUUCAACUUCCUGGUUCCCAGCUGAGUGCCUUAGUCAUAGGAACAUCUGAAGAAGCCUUACCCUGAGUCAGAACGCUGGGCCACCUAUCUCAGAAUUGUCUGCACCAGGGUGGGGAACCCAUUGCCCUUUAGAUGCUGCUGGACUCCAACUCCCAUCAGCCCCAGCAGGAAUGGGCAGUGGUGAGGGAUGAUGGGAGCUGGAGUCCAGCAAUAUCCAGAGGGCAAUGGGUUCCCGCUUCCUAGUCUAUAUUUACUGGCAGUGGCAUUUCUGUGGUUCCGCAUGGGAGUCCUCUCCUAGUUCUAGCUGGAGAUGCCAGGAAUUGAACCAGGGAACUUCUGCAUGGUAUAAUGGAAGCUGCCUGUCUAGUAAAGUAAGAUUCUAGUCCUCAUGGUUCUGUAUGAAAUUGGAAGCUGCCUUGCACUGUAUCAGACCAUUGGUCCAUCUGGCUCAGUAUCCUCCAGGAUUUCAGACAGGAGGUGCCUCCCAGCCUCACCUGGAGAUGCCAGGGAUCAAACCUCAAUAUACCUGGUUCCCUUAAGUGUCCACCCAUAUUGUCGGACACCUGGGUCCCUUGGCUCCUUCUGGAUGCUCUGUCACUGAGCUACAGCCCUUCUCCUGGCUCCUGGAAUUGCCUUCAUUCUGAUCUCCGUGCUUCCUAUCCCUCCACAGUUCUGCUGACAACAACCCUCACCCCCCCCCCCGGAGAACGGCACGUUGGGCUUUGGGGGCCAUGCCAGCCCCCUGACAAUGUUCCACAUUGAGGAUGAUGAUGAAGAGACAUUCCCGCCGGGUGAGAAGGAACCGCAGGAUCUCAAGCUGACCAGGAGGAGCAUCGCAGGAGGGGACCAGGCCCCAGGAAGCCCAGGAAGUCCUUCCGCUGGGAAUCCAGGUAUUUGGGCUGGGGCAGAACAAGAGCAUUUCCCUCUCCCUCUUCAGGGUUCCCAGUUGUUGCUGGAAUGUGGUUCCUAUCAGCCCUGACCAUUGUCUCAGCUGGCUGGGGAUGAUGGCAGCAACCAGCCACUGCAUGGAAGUGGGGCAGUGAGUGACCUGGUAGGGGAGGAAGGGAACCUCCUGCACCCUUCAGGGGAAGGGAAGCCCCCACCCCGCUCUAUACCUACCAUAGAAAUCUGUCAAGACCAUUGCUACGUCUCGCUCAGUAGACUUGUGUGGUGUAGUGGUUAGAGUGCAGGAUUUGGACCCAGGAGACCAGGGUUCAAAUCCUCACUCGGCCAUGAAGCCCACUGGGUGACCUUGGGCCAGUCACUGACUGUCAUCCGAACCUACCUCACAGGGUUGUUGUGCGAAUUAAUGGCGGCGGGAGAGAGGGAACCAUUUUGAGCUCCUUGGAGGAAAAAGUGACAUAUAAAUAAACAAAUAAACCAAUAAUAAUGAAUACACUGACAGGCAGUGGAUCUCCAGCGUUUCAGUCGGGUCCUGGCAGGGAUUGAACCUGGGACCUUCUGCAUGCAAAGCAGAGUCUCUAACGCUGAGCCGCGAACCUUUCCUAAAGAAACACCACUUUUUCCUCAAAUGAUGCUUUAUUUGAGAUCCCUGCAUUGCAGGACUAGAUGACCCUCAGGGUACCUUCCAAUUCUACCAUUUUGUGUGAGCUUAGCGAAGCCUAACCUGGGAACCAAGAAGCUGCCUGAGUCAGACCAUUGAUCCAUCUCGCUCAGUAUUGCCUGCACGGACUGGCAGUGACUCUCCAGGGUUUCAGGCUGGGUGCUGUUCCCACACCCACCUGCAUGCAUGGCAGAUGAUCUCCUGCUGACCUGCAACCCUUCCCCAAAAAAGUUUUUAUAAGACGGUCCCUCUUCUGCCCGUCCACAGCACGCUAGUGAUAAUGUUUGUCAGCUAGUAACUUGCCUCGUUGGGACGCGGGUGGGGCUGUGGGAGCCUAGGACUUGCUGAUCAAAAGGUCGGCGGUUCGAAUCCCCGCGAUGGGGUGAGCUCCCGUUGCUCGGUCCCAGCUCCUGCCCACCUAGCAGUUUGAAAGCACCUCAAAGUGCGAGUAGAUAAAUAGGGACCGCUCUCCAGCGGGAAGGUAAACGGCAUUUCCGUGUGCUGCGCUGGUGCUGGCUCGCCAGCUGCGGCUUAGUCACACUGGCCACAUGACCCGGAAGCUGUCUUCGGACAAGCGCCAGCUCCCGGCCUCUUGAGCGAGAUGAGUGCACAACCCCAGAGUCGGUCACGACUGGACCUGUUGGUCAGGGGUACCUUUACCUUUACCUGUUUAACUUGCCUUGUUGGUUAGCUCAGUGGUGCGGAGAACAUCAAGGUUACAGAUUUGAUCCCCAUAUGGGUGCAUAUUCCUGCACUGCAGGGAAUUGGACUAGAUGAUUUGCAUGUCCCUUCCGAUUCUGUGAACUUUUGUGGGCUUCAUCUCAGGACAAGACUGACUAAACCGAUUCUAAGAUAUUGGCUCAGUAACAGGGCCAUAAUUAGUCACGUUUCGUGCUGAGCUUUGGAAAGUGAUGAAAUCCUUAAUUUGUUUCUACUGCUUCUGAGGUCAGCAGAGGCCACAGAGAUUCUCUUGACUUUUUCUCACGUCCAGAGGAUGGAUGGCAAAAUCUGCCUUGCUUAUGCUGUGAAUUAAAAAAAAUAAGUGAAGAUAAUAAAUGCAAUAAAACAAAUUAGCUGUAAUGAAAGGAGUUGUGAGAAGAAUAUUAAAGGGGAUCAUUUAUAUCAAGAAAGCCAUGUUCUUCCAUGAGAAAUGUGCCAAGUAGAAUUGAUAGAAUAUCAGUGCAAUCCCAUAUUUUUCUAUUCGGAAGUACAGGCAAUGACUGAUUGACGCAAGAUUGUGCACAUGCAAGGCACCGAACCCGGAAGUGACCCGAAAACUAAAAUGACAGAACGGGGUGUGUGGAACGCUUUACAUGGGCCCUAUGGAUUGGGGUUGGGGGUCUCGGGACAUAACCCCUGUGCAAAAGGAUUGCUUAUAAGCCCCACUGAGUUCAGUGUCACUUCUAGGUAAACUGGGAGUCAAUCUAAGUUUGCAAUUGUACUCCCAACACCUGGAGGGCCAAAGGUGCUCCAAUCCUGCUGUAAAUGAUAGAUCAACUGAGAUUUCUUCAGUCAGGUGACAGCUUUAUUAUCCAGCCUUUUUUUAGCAGCUCAAACCAAUGUAGCACCCACAUUAUAUUUUUGUUCUGAAAGACCGCCUCCUACCUAACAUACCCUCUUGGGUGUUACGAUCAGCAGUGGGGGCCUCUGAGGAGAAGUCAGUUUCUGCCCUAUGCUGAAGAUGUAGCUUUUUGAUAACCGAGUUGUGUUUUGGGGUGCCCACCCUGUUCUUGCGACUGUGGGUUGUUUUAAUACUGCAUUGUAUUUUAAAUUGUUGCAACCCAUCCCAAGACCUUAGUGUGCAGUACAGGUAAUUAAAUUGAACUACCGUAUUUUUCGCUCCAUAGGGCGCACCUGACCAUAGGGCGCACCUAGUUUUCAGAGGGGGAAAUCAAGGGGGGAAAAUAUGAUUCCCCGCCCCCCAGCUCUGGGAGCAGCGGACAGGCUGCAGGCAGCCUAUGCACUUCUCCCAGACCUUCUCCCUGCUUUUGCGGGAGGUGGGGGAAUUCCCCCACCUCCCACAGAAGCCAGCAGAAGCCGUGCGCUCUUUAAAGGGUGCGUGGCUCCUGUGGGCUUUUCUACGAGGUGGGAGAAGGGACUGAUGCGGCCAGUCAGUCCCUUCUCCCUCCUGGGGAAAAGCCCGCAAGAGCGCACGGAGCUUGUGUGUGGCUCUUGGGGGCUUUCCCCCCCUGCCUCCCCCCUGCAUUCGCUCCAUAGGACGCACACACAUUUUCCCUUGCUUUUUAGGAGGGAAAAAGUGUGUCCUAUAGAGCGAAAAAUACGGUAAUAAUAAUAAUAAUAGUGAGAUCUCCACAACCACCACCCUGGAAGUUGGUGGACAGUGGCUGAUGGUGGCUUUGCGGCAGAACAGGGCCUCAAGCAGGCCUUUCUGAGCCAUGUGUAUUCAAUACACCACCUUAACCCUCUAGGCCAGGCAGAGAACCAAUAGCCCCCCAAAAUGCUGCUGGGACUCCAGUUCCCACCAUUCCUGGGCACUUGCCAUACUGGCUUGGGCCCCUGCGAGGUGCAGUUCAAUAACAUCAGAAAGGACUGGACCUUGGCCUGUUUUACAGUCUAGCAGUUUCUGCUGCCGUGUUGUGUCAAGUGUGGCAUAACCCCCUUUCCUGUCUCCCCCCUUCCUCCUCCUGUGCCAGAGCUCCGGCGUCGCAUUGGAUCCGACCCUCCCUUGCCAGACCCAGAGGCCCUGGAUGAGGUGGGCACUUUCCGGGCACGCUCACGCUCUGCCCCUCCCAUCCUGUGGGCAGCCCAGCGGUACGGGAGGGAGCUGCGCAGGAUGAGCGACGAAUUCCAUGGCGAGCUGCAGGUGAGUCUGGCCUGCUUACAGAGAAGUCCGUCCUUCCCAAGGGAGAGGUGGGCUUUGUUGCCGCGGGCAGCCUGCCUCUGAAUGCCAGCUGCUGCCAAUCACAAGCGGGGAGAGUUGCUGCUGUGCCCAGGUCACAUUUAUGGGCUUCCUACAGAGGCAUCUGAUUGACAACCGAUGAUAACAAGGUCUUGGCCUAAGUGUCGCUAAGGUGUCAAGUAGGUAGAGAUGUUUUUUCUCCCUCCCUCCAUUAGGCCAUUAGUAGCCUAAUCCUCCAUGAAUUUGUCUAAUCCAAUAAUAAUGAUGAUGAUGAGGAUCUGCCCACCUGACUGGGUUACCCCAGCCACUCUGGGUGGCUUCCAACAAAAUAUAAAAGGACAAAACAAAACAGCGUACAUUGUUUCCCAAGACAGGGCUGCCUUCAGAUGUCUACAGGUCAUAGAAUUGGUUAUCUGUUUGACAUUUGACGGGAGGGUGGGUGCCACUACUGAGAAGGCCCUCUGCCUUGUUCCUAUAACUUCACUUCUGUGUGGGAACCACCAGGAGGCCCUUGGAACUGGCCCUCAACGAUGAGGGUGGAGAUGCUCCUUCAGGUAUACAGGGCCAAAGCCAUUUUAAAGUCAUGUGCUUUGAGUAGAACUAACUUUAGCUACAACCCAAAGAAUCUGUGGUUCUCUAGACACUUUUGGACUCUAGGUCCUGUCAACCUCACCUGGCCAGGCCAGUGGUCAUGGAUGAUGGAAGUUGUAGUCUAGCAACACCAGGAGGGCCUGUCAGUUUCUCAUCCUUGAUGUACCAGCCUGCUGGAUUGAGAGGUGCAUGUCUGGAAGAGGGGGUGAUGCCACGUUUUCCUUCUCUCUUGCAGAAGCUGCCGCGCCCCAAGAGUGCAGGGACAGCUACCCAAAUGCGCCGGACGUUGGGCUGGAAGGAGGUUCUGCAGUCAUGGUGGCGUCGGAAUUCCCCAGGCAAUGGUCCAAGAAGCCCCCCAUGACUGUAUCUUGCUGCUGUCCGUUACAAAUGGUGGGGGGAGGGUUGAAGGAACAAAUAAAGGGGGGGGGGUAAAUCUGUAGGGUUGAUGUGGCACAUGGCUGGUGUCCCCCCAAAUCUGGGGGAUGCUGUGAUCAUUCCUCUGCACCUCCACACCCACUCCCCUAGGAGUUUUUUUUACUUAGGCCACUUUAGUAUGACAUGUUAAGAAUUUAACCUUCUGCCCUAUGCACGGAUUCCCACCCCUUUCUCCCCUGCACCUCCCCUAUAAGACCCCCAAUUUUGAGGGGAUAUUCCCCUGCCCUUUCUAGAGUGUACUUUUUGUAUUUUAAAAGGAAAAAAACACUGAACAAAACCACUGUAUGCAUUACUGAAACAAGAACCCCUGACAUUCACCAACCCUGCCUAGAGAAAUUUGUAUGCCCUUUUAUUAUAUGUUAAUAAAUGUUUAUUAAAUACUUUUCUGGCUUAUAGCA